AUGGUGAAGAAGGAGAAGAAAUCGAAUGUUUCCGGUAAACCAAAGCAUUCACUCGAUGCAAAUCGUGCAGAUGGGAAGAAGAAAACCACCGAAGCUCGUUCCGCCGCAACAGUUCGCCGGAUUAAGAUGUACAAAACUAGACCUAAGAGAAACCCCGGCGGUAAAAUCACUAGCAACGAGUAUCAGUCUAAGGAUUUGCCCGAUACGAGAAUCCAACCUGAUCGGAGAUGGUUUGGGAACACUCGUGUUGUGGAUCAGAAGCAGCUUGAAUACUUUAGAGAAGAGAUGCAAUCGACGAAAUCGAGUAAUUACAAUGUGAUUUUGAAAGAGAGGAAGUUGCCUAUGUCUCUAUUGACCGAUACUAAGAAGCAAUCGAGAGUUCAUUUACUUGAUAUGGAGUCAUUUCAAGAUGCCUUUGGAAGGAAGACGAAAAGGAAGCGACCGAAGCUUGUCGCUUCUGAUUACGAAGCCUUGGUGAAGAAGGCAGCUGAAUCUCAGGAUGCGUACGAGGAGAAGAAUGGUGUAGGUCCUUCUGGUGAAGGAGAAGAAGAAGAUGGGUUUAGAGACCUUGUGAGGCAUAAUAUGUUUGAGAAGGGACAGAGCAAGCGUAUUUGGGGUGAGCUUUACAAAGUCAUAGACUCCUCUGAUGUAGUUGUCCAGGUUUUAGAUGCUAGGGAUCCACAAGGUACUAGGUGUCAUCAUUUAGAGAAGACUUUGAAAGAGCAUCAUAAACAUAAACACAUGAUUUUGUUGUUGAACAAGUGUGAUCUUGUACCGGCUUGGGCUACAAAAGGAUGGUUGAGAGUAUUAUCAAAGGAAUAUCCAACACUAGCAUUUCACGCAAGUGUUACCAAGUCAUUCGGAAAGGGAUCGCUUCUCUCAGUGUUGAGGCAGUUUGCUCGUCUGAAAAGUGACAAACAAGCUGUAUCUGUGGGAUUUGUUGGGUAUCCUAAUGUUGGAAAAUCAUCGGUUAUCAACACAUUGCGUACUAAAAAUGUUUGCAAGGUUGCUCCAAUUCCUGGGGAGACCAAGGUUUGGCAAUAUAUCACACUCACUAAAAGGAUUUUCUUGAUCGAUUGUCCUGGAGUUGUAUACCAGAGCCGUGAUACCGAGACAGAUAUUGUCCUCAAGGGAGUGGUAAGAGUUACAAACCUGGAAGAUGCAUCUGAGCACAUUGGAGAAGUCCUGAGGCGUGUCAAGAAGGAGCACUUGCAGAGGGCGUAUAAAAUAAAGGACUGGGAGGAUGAUCAUGACUUUCUUCUUCAGCUAUGCAAAGCGUCUGGCAAACUGUUAAAGGGCGGGGAGCCUGAUUUGAUGACAGGAGCAAAGAUGAUACUCCAUGACUGGCAAAGAGGGCGCAUACCUUUCUUUGUCCCACCUCCUAAGCUAGACGACAAGCCUGCAGAAGCUGAAGCAGAAACCACAGUGCCAGGUAUAGAUCCGGAAGCCAUUGGUAAUAACAGUCAAGCUGAUGCUGCAUUGAAAGCCAUCGCCGGCAUCAUGUCGACCCAACAACAGAACCCUGUUCCUGUCCAAAAAGAUUUCGAAGAGGAGAAAGACCUUGAGGAUGAUGAUAAAGCAAAGCAGUCGAUUGAAACAGACGAUGAAACCGGAACCGAUGCAGAAGAAGAUGAUCAGGACGCAGUGUCGGAAGAUGGAAUGGAUAGUGAGGAUGGUUCGGUGUCAGAAAAUGAAGAGGAAAACGAGUCGGAUUCUGCUGAGUAA